AUGUCUACUCGAAUUCCCUCCAUCCCUCGCGAUGAGAUGCAACCUGAGCAACAAGAAUUCUACGACCACUUCAAGGACACCGUGAACAAAAAUGCACCUCAUCCAGGAGCUGCCGAACGAGCCAGUAAGACACUCUUCCCCGUCCUGGCUGUGCUACCAAAGACUGGCCGAAUGUCUGUAGACAUGCUUGCGAGCAUCGAGCAGGAGGCUCACGGGCUACCAAAGGACGCCAUGGAAACCGUUUGUCUCUUCUGCACUACAUACUUCAAGUCUCCAUACGUGACGUUCGCGCACAAAUCCCAGGCAAUCAAGCUCGGUCUACUCAGCCUGGGGCAAGCUGAUACUAUCACUUCUGGCGCGAAGCCUGGAGAUCUGAACGAUAGUUGUAGCCUUGCAUACGACACCGCACGGUAUCUGUUGGAGGUUCGCGGGUCCUUGUCAUCAGAUCUAUGGGAGAAAUGCACGGCGACUUUCGGCAGGGAAGGCACGGUGGGUCUUAUGCAUCUGGUUGCACUCAUGUUCUGGACGAGUAUGGGCUUGAACCUGGCCGAUGUGCCGGCACCGCCGCCGCCCAAGACUGUGAAUACUGCCGCGUCAACAUCGGCACGAUAG